UGGUGGCUAUAACUUUUUAGUUGCAUUAGCCUUGUAGCUCCAGUGCAAAACCAACUUGUAUAUUUGGAGUACAAGGGAGAAUUGUAUACAUUUUAUUUUCCUUGCAUGUGUUGCUUAAUGAGGAGACAUCUUGAAUCAGCUAUUGGGAGGACAGUGGAGGUUGAGGCUAAUCUUGGAUAUCACCUUUUCAUUCCAUUUGUAUCCUCCCAGACUGAAUCCACCUCGAAAUGGAACAUCAGGACAUGAUGAAUUCUGGACAGUACGGUUCUGGGGAGGAUGUGGUAUCCGCCAUGGCUGAUGUGACCCUCGACGAUGGCCCUCAGGAGGACAUGAAGAACGGGACAGUGGCACACGUGAGGCCUGGGGACGGCCCUGGAAAAGAUGGCCUUCCUCUCAAAGAGGACACAGAGGGGUCAAAGCCUGACUCAACCUCUCGAGACGAUGUGACCGAGGGUACGGAACCUAAAGCUGCCUCCACUCAUGAGGAUGUGGUGUCUGCUGCACCAGGGACAGCAGGAGCAGGUGAAGAUGCUUUAACACCAGAGGGGCUCUCUCCACCACACAGUGGUAGAAGCAGUGCGGCGUCUAUGGACAAGGAAGAGGAGCAUUUGAACGGGGACAUGGCUGGGCCUGUUAGCUCACAGCAGUCAUCCAUGUCCCUACAAGCCGCCCCGACUGACGCUUUAGGGUUGACAGUACAGAGCUUUGACAGCCAGGUGAAAACGAGUCCUAUGGAGGAGAUGGUUGGGAAACAGAGUCCCAGUGAUUUUCAAGAUGAAAGAAAGGAAGAAAAAGAGGACAAGGAAGUCGAGAAGCAUGAUAUUGAGGACGAGAGCAAAGCUUUUAGAUCUGAUCACAAGAAAGAAUUAGUGGAGAGUCUUGCCAUGCCCGAGAGUCAUUCUAACAUAAAAGAUCAACAGGAGGAUGAACAACAAGAAAACAAUGUAGAGGAGGAAGAAGAAGAUGAGCCAGAAGUAGUUCCUCCAGUCCACAGCACUGUUAUCCCAGAUGCAUCACCACAGAAAGAUGAAAGCUUUGACAUGAAACCCUGUAAACCACUGUCCCAACCCCAAAUGACUCCAGACGAAGCAAGGAAACGAGGCCUGUCAUUUGACUACACAGAAUCCGAGCUUGUUCAUCAGGAAACCUCUGACCGCUGGGAAAAUGGCUCUGACAAGACUCCCCCAUUGAGCAAAAGUCCUGAUUCCUGCAGGGCUGACCCUGGCUCCCCUUUCUCCCCUAGUACCGCUCCUGAUCAUACCCAGGAAACACCACUCCCUGACCUCCAGAACGAAGCCCAAGAGUACACACCAGUGGAAGAACAGGAACCAGAAGUGAUUACUAUUCCUACAGCUCAGCAGGAGGUCACAGAACCCAAGAUGGAGCCAGAAGUAGACACCAAACCUGAGGAUUCCAAAGAGGACAAACCAGAGAAGUACCUGGAGACAACUGAUGAAGAUCUCAUUGCUACUGUUGAAGCGGUACAAAGUGCUGAGCCUGUUGCCCAACUAGAAGAAUCAGCAGCAGCUGAUGUUGAAGUUGAGCCUGGUGAACCCUAUCCUCCAGAACCAGUUAAAGCAGCACCAAUGAAAACAGUACCUGUUAAAGAUGCUGCCAUUAAAAAAGCAAAGAAGCCCAUUGCUGCAGUCGCUGCAAGCCCUGCCCCCAAAUCCACCCCAAAACUCGAGAAAGUCCCCUCAAAAGACGCUGCGCCGGUGCAAAAAACAAGCGCCCCGUCCAAAGCCAAGUCCGGAGCAGCAGCGGCUGAUAAAAAGACCCCUUCCACUUCCACACCAGGCAAAGCUAGACUCACCUCCACCACUAAACGCGCUUCAUCAAUCCCAGUGUCCCCAUCCAAACAUACCUCCACCUCCGCUUCGAACUCUGCCUCAGCCAGAGCCGGUUCUCUAAAGUCUAAACCAAACACUAUAGGAGCCAAGGAGUCCGGAGCCACAGCCGGUGAUGCUAAGACGAAGACUAAACCUCAGGGUAUUGGCACUAAAAUCCCUGCAGCCGAAUCUCCUAAGACUCCUGAUCGUAGCGGCUGCAGCAGCCCUGCCACCCCGAAAUCUCCAGCCAGUCGCUGCAGCACACCUGGGCAGCAGGUGAAGAAAGUGGCUGUGGUGCGCACUCCGCCCAAAUCUCCCAGCUCUCUUAGAUCUCGCGCCCCCAUUGCCCCUGUUGCACCCUUGCCUGACCUGAAGAAUGUUAAGUCCAAGAUCGGUUCCACUGAGAACAUCAAACAUCAGCCUGGAGGUGGAAAGGUGCAAAUCCUUGACAAGAAGAUGGAUCUAAGCAGCGUGCAGGCAAAGUCUGGCUCCAAAGCCAACAUGAAGUACACUCCAUGAGGUGGCAAUGUUCAAAUUGUGAACAAAAAGAUGGAUCUGAGCAACGUGCAGUCAAAGUGUGGCUCAAAGGCCAACAUCCACCAUAAACCAGGUGGCGGAAACGUGGAGAUCAAAUCAGAGAAGCUGGAGUUCAAAGCUCAGUCAAAAGUGGGAUCUCUGGGCAACAUCGGCCAUGUAGCCGGAGGCGGGAACAAGAAGAUUGAGUCUCACAAGCUGACGUUCCGCGAGCAGGCAAAGGCUCGCACUGACCACGGUGCGGACAUCGUGGUUAAAUCCCCCUGCGUGUCAGCAGAGGGUUCACCCCGCCCCCUCAGCAAAGUCUCCUCCUCCGGCAGCAUCAACAUGAGCGAAUCACCGCAGCUGUCCACACUGGCAGACCAGGUGACCGCCUCUCUCGCUAAACAGGGCCUGUGAUCCGACCUCCCACUGCACCUCGACCACCUCCACACCAAGACAAACGCAAGGCUGUAACAUGGCAAUUUAAAAAAAAAGGAAAAAAAAGAAAAAAAAAACAAGCAUUUCACCUCAGUCUGUUUAAAAAAAAAAGGUGCUUGCUGGAUUUCUUCAUGAAUUUUGGUUCUUGACUGCAAGGGACUGAUUAAUACAUUCAUAACGUUAUUAUCCUGUUCUGUCUGAUUGAUUGAACUCAUACAGUGCUGUAUUGAUCUGUUCGGUCUCUCACAGCACGUAGAAGCUCCUCUACUAUGCCAGAACAUCCACUUUAUACCAUACGCCGACUUUUCCAUCUCUCUCUCUCUCGCUCUCUCUUUCUGCUUAGUUGCCUUAUUGUGAAAGCUUCCCAUUCAUUUCACCUUGAUUAGUCGGGAUCUGUAGUUUUUUUUUUUAAUUAAUAUUAAUAUAUUAAUGGAUACUACCUGAAAUUGGACCGUGAGAGAGAAAAUGAGCCAAAACGAGCUACCAGGAAGCAUCGAGACUGUAUUUAACGCUGAAUGACUCGGUAAUUUGUUGCCAUCCUGACAAUUAUCCACAUACUACAGAAUUCCUACACACCAUCAUGCCAUUAUUCACUCUCACACACUCACACACACACACACACACACACACACACACAAAGCUUUGCAAUCAAACAGAAACAUUUGUUCAGGUUUACAGUACUGUACAAAAGUCUUGGCACCCCCAUACAAACUUUAUAUUUUAUGACUUCUGCAUUAUCGAAUCAAAACAUUACAAAAACAUUUUAGAGCUCUAAAUUUUCAGGGUUUUUUUCCAGCACAAAAUUAAAUGUUACAGAAAAUAAGUUUGUAUCUGAGCAGCGUAUUCCAUAAGAGAGCACUUUUCAGAUUAAAAAAGAAAACAUAAUGAAGGCUGCUGGGUUUUGGUGUAAAAUGAAGAAGCGACUGUGACAGUCAAAGUGUCCAGAAGAACUGGGGCUGGUUCUGUAAGAUGCUCAGUAAAACCUACAGCUCAUUUCCGCAUAAAACUGCACUCACUGGACCUGAGAAUACUUUUUUUUUUUUAAGCAAAGUCAAUAAUUGGUCUCACACCAAAUAUUGACUUUGUUUCAUUUAUUAUGGCUUCCUGA